GCCGAGCGGUUCCGGUUCCGCCGGGCCGGCGCCGUUUCCGCUGGCGCGGCGCGGGCCGGGCGGCGGCGAUGGCGCGGAGCACGCUCUCGUCCCGCUUCCGCCGCCUCGACAUCGACCAGUACGACGAGAACCGCUUCGUGGAGGAGCCCGAGGAGGCGGCGGCGGCCGAGCCCGAUGCCAGCCCCGAGGUGGAAGCGCUGCUCAGGCAAGGCGAGGCGCUCCGGGCCUUCCACACCGCCAUCCGCAGCUCCCCGGGCAGCAGCAGGAGCCAGGCCGUAAAGGAACAGGCCCAGGGAACGAUGCUUAAAGUCCUUACAUCUUUAAAAGCGGUGAACUCCUUAGACAGAAACGGUGUUGAUUUGUUAAUGAAGUACAUUUAUAAAGGAUUUGAAAAGCCAACAGAAAACAGCAGUGCAAUAUUACUUCAGUGGCAUGAAAAGGCACUGGCAGUAGGAGGCCUGGGCUCCAUAAUAAGAGUUCUCACAGCAAGAAAGACUGUGUAAAGACUGUUAACUUGGACAGAGGUGACGGUCAGGUUUGGACUCAGAAGAAGGAAUGAGCUGAAAUUACACUGGUCCAUCUUUAUUAGAGAUUGCAACCUACUGAAAUCCUGCAGUAACCUCCUCUUGGAAUGCUUUUAUCCAUAAAGGUGGGGGAAGAGUAAAGGUAUUCCUGCAUAUUCCGACUAUCACAUAUAGGAGCCAAGACAUUCUCCUGCUCCCUUCUUUAACAGGCAGAGAGAAGGCACACUCCUGCCUCCUAUUACUGUAAGUGAACAGGUAUUUCAGAUGCUGCUUUAGCCAGGUGUGGUGAUACAAGCUCCUGUGUGUCCUGCUUAGUCCCAAGGUAGCUGUGUCCAGGCCAAGAUCCUGCAGCUGAGGGUGGGAGAAGGGCUGUUAGAACGGCGGCUUUGAACGUGUGCUGAAGGAAUGUUGGACUCUGGGCUUGGGUUAAUGUAAAGUGAAGUGCCUGCUGCAUCAAUAAAGUUCUUGGAUCACGUGA